AUGGCUCACAAACACAACUUCAAUCUUGAGCCGGUGUCUCGGUUCGCCGGCCUGAGUGCGGCCAUCAGACGACCACGGGAAAUCGCAUUCUUUUCUUUCGAUGAAGACCACAAAUUCCGGCUUGAUGCCUCGAGCCUGCGCUACUACUACCCACCGGCACUGCCCUGCAACCUCAACAAAGGGUUCGAGACAUUUCGACAGCUUGAUGACUCAGAUGAUGACCAUCUGGAUGGCCUCCUGGAGGCUAUCAUCGCCUAUGAGAAAGAGAAGGGGUCUAAAACGGAGAUCGAUUUCCUGACAUGGCGAGGGAUGAUGACCAAGCUGAUGAUCGUUCCAUUCUCCAAGUUGGAUGAGUGGGAAAUGAAUGUCACCUUAUUCCAAGACACCAUCUUCAUCGAGGAAAAUCACACCAAGAAAAUUUCUUCCCGCGAAGAACAGUAUUCAUCCGCGGGACGACCAGGUGCUAUGUCCCAAGACCUUAUGAGCUUCUGGGGAUACAAGUUCGAGACCGUGUCCUUGAUGCCGACACCAUGGCCCGAGGCAUCUCGAGAGUACAUCGAAUCCCGAGAAGAGCUGAUGGUUAACAACCACGCUCAAUAUUGCUCAAUCGUCCGAACUGGCUUCGGCAAAGUAAAGAUGAUCCUGGGCGGAGAAGUGGACGCUGUUAUGGCCUUCAAGCCAGAAGACAAAUUGCAGCCGACUGAAUGGGUGGAGCUCAAAACGACGGCCACGGUCACCAACGAGAGGGAGCAAAUCAAAUAUGAGAGGAAACUCCUCAAAUUCUGGGCACAGUCGUUCCUGUUGGGAGUGCCGAAGAUUAUCGUCGGUUAUCGCACUCAGCAAGGUUUGUUGGAACGUCUCGAGGAGUUGAAUGUGCAGAAUAUUCCAGACAAUGUUAAAUUGAAGGGCAAAGGUUUGUGGGAUGGACAAACCUGCAUCAACUUUGCCGCAAGCUUCCUGGAAUGGCUGAAAACCGUCAUAACUUCUGACGGCGUUUGGCGAAUCCGAAAGCGAGAGAAAGUCCCCGUCCUAGAGGUCUUUAAGCUCGAGGAAUCAGGCCACGGUGACAUGUUGUCGUCAACUUUUGUCGAGUGGCGUAUCAAUGGCCUGAAAGCCCACCAGCAGCAUUUACAGGAGAUCAGAGAACGGGCCAAAGCCGAGACGUCAGAACCUCCAUGA